GAGCCCGAAAAGCAGGGCAAAUUCUGCUACUUUUUUUUUCCAACACGAAGCUUUUCUAACGUGCCAAAUUGCGAAUCGAGAGUUCAGAGACGAAUUGAAAGACCCCAAAUGGGGAUGAGCGAUAUCUGUCCCAAUUACAGAAAGAAUACGGCGUUAAGUUCCAAAAGUUUUAUAGUUUCUGCGAUAUUUUGUAUUUAGUGUCUCACGAGUGAAGGGACUGAAAGUCACACCCAUUCGAGAAACUGCGGGGUGUUGGAAACUCGUUGUGAAGAGAAGAGAGUCCGAAAACGAGAGCUACUCAAGGGGGAGAGGGAAGGAAGAAAGCGAGAUAUGGCGGACGGCUACUGGAGAUAUGCUGCCCAAAGAGAUAAUUUUCAACCACCUGGACGAGAACUUGAUGCAGCUGGUGUUUCUGCUAAUUUUCCUGGAUACUCGACCUCUGAAAAUUCCUCAUUUGCUGGCCAACACUUGUGGAGAGCUGGUGAUCUACCUCUAUCUUCUUCAGACUUCGGCCACAACAAUAUUCCAUCAUUAAAAUCUACUCCUCACCAUUUUGAUGCUAUGGGUAUUGGUGACCUUCCUAGAUCAGGAGUAGGUGGAGUUGAUGCUGGAACCAGUUUGGCAGGGUUGUCAAAUUCAUUUGAUGAUCAAUUUCUGCUCAACAGGAGACGAGAUCUACUAGGCAUAGAUUCUGCAGUUCCACCGGUACUCUCUGAGAGAGCGCAUUCUCUUGCAAAAUCUGAUGUUCUCUCUGAGUGCACAAACAUUCUAUUUGUAGAAGGACUUCCAAGUGACUGCACAAGAAGAGAAGUGUCUCAUCUUUUCCGCCCAUUUAUUGGCUUCAAGGAAAUAAGAGUGAUCCACAAGGAGUGUAGACGGUUGGGUGAAAAAGCUUUUGUUAUUUGCUUUGUGGAAUUCAAGGAUGAAAAAUGUGCAGCAACUGCUUUGGAAGCUCUUCAAGGAUAUAGGUUUGAUGAUAAGAAGCCAGAUUCACCAGUCUUGAGGAUUCAGUUUGCUCGUUUUCCUUUUCGACCCCAUGAUAGGCUGCAGAAUAAUGCUCUCUAGCUGCUGCUUUUGUUCAGGGGAUCCUCCUGCAAUGUGAGGUUGUUUGGGUCCAUCUUUCUUGCUGAUUUUUCCUGUUCGCAAUUUCCAUUACGGAAACUUGCAAAGUAUAGGUAGAAAUAGCUAGAUGCUUUCUGUACUUUUCUUUUGGAAACAUCAAGCUGAUGUAAAGCAGAUGCUUAUUAAGUCUGUUAACGAAAUCAACUCAGAUGGCUAAGUUUUA